CCGCCGCCGCCGCCACCCCCGCUCGGGAUGGCGGAAGUGGAGGCGCCGACGGCGGCCGAGACGGACAAGAAGCAGUUUAGCUGUGCUGGCGGCGGCGUCAUGGACGUGGAGCGGAGCCGCUUCCCUUACUGCGUGGUGUGGACGCCCAUCCCUGUGCUCACGUGGUUUUUCCCCAUCAUCGGCCACAUGGGCAUCUGCACAUCCACAGGAGUCAUUCGGGACUUUGCUGGCCCCUACUUUGUGUCGGAAGACAACAUGGCCUUCGGGAAGCCUGCCAAGUACUGGAAGCUGGACCCUGCUCAGGUAUACGCUAGUGGGCCCAGUGCGUGGGACACGGCUGUGCACGACGCUUCUGAGGAAUACAAGCACCGCAUGCACAGUCUCUGCUGUGACAACUGCCACUCACAUGUGGCCUUGGCCCUGAACCUGAUGCACUACAACAACAGCACCAACUGGAACAUGGUGACUCUCUGCUUCUUCUGCCUGCUGUAUGGGAAGUACGUCAGGUGCGCUGCCUGUCCCCCUGGCCGCCGCCACCCUCCCCGGGGCCACUCUCCCAUGGAUCCCAGGCAGGUCAUCACCCUCCAGUUCAGCCAUAAGCAGCCCUUCAGUAUGGGCUACAAGGUGAUGCUGGUGACCAUGGCCUUGGGGGGCCAAUAUCCGCUGUGGCCUCCAAUGUUAGCGACGUACUGCUGUCACUUGGACAAGCAGCAGCUGGGCUGUGCCAACUUCUCCAGCUGCCGUCCACACAAUGUGUUCACCUUCCAGCAGCCUGGAGACUAUGCCCUAGACCCCAGCAGGCAGAGGCUCCCUGCGAAUGGAGUGACCUGCGAGAUGGCGAAAACCUGGCCAAAUGCUCGGCGCUACGUGAACGCGACCUCAGGGGACUCCGAUGAGCUGAGGCUGGCGCGGCUGCGAACGGCCUCGCCGAGUUCCACGGGCACGCCUUGCUGCGUUCCCUCGCCUUGGGUCCCACUGCAUCUACUCCGACAGCAGUGGCUGUAA